AUGCCAGGCAUCGCAGCUGUGGUCUACGACAUGGGCGGCCGCGGGCCUGGCGGCCGGACCUGCUCACGCCCGGUCGACGGUCAGGGAGGCAGCUUCUCGCCUGCCGAUCGCGGCGGGCGGUCGUCGCUGUCGGAAGCGCACGCGGACAAGGACCUCACCUUUGACCACGGCGCGCAGGCGUUCACCGUCUCGCAUCCCGAGGGCCGGUUUGUGGGUCGCUGGGAAGGGACGUUUGGCAAGUUGGACGCGAGUACCGGCGCCUUUGUCGCUGGCGUGGCCGCCGCCGACAGCGACGACACCGUCUUUGGUCUGCUCGGCGGCUCUGGCGCCUCCGCAGCAGAUCGCUUCGUCGGAGUGCCGUCGAUGGGGGCGCUCGCACGUGGCAUCCUCUCGGACGCUGCCGCCUCUCCGGCAGCCGGCUCGACGCUGACGUCUCUCUUUGGCGCCAAGGCGACGGGCGUGACCUACUCUGGAGAGGGCGAGGGACCGGCCGGUGCGCGCUGGACCGUCAAGUCGUCUGACGGCGUCAGCCGCCACUUUGACGCCGUCGUCACCGCGGGACACGCUGCGUCGUUUGCGGCGCAGGCGGCGGCCAGCCUGCCAGGAGGCGGCGGCAGCGGCGGCAGCGUGAGCGUCGACGCGCUGCGCGGCGUCUCGUACCCUGCCGGCUGCAGCCCGCUCUACUCGCUCCUCGUCGCCUUUGAAUCGCCGCUCGGCGACGCGGCGCCAUUCGACGGAGCGGGCGUCGCGUCCUCGGACGAUCUGCGGUGGAUCUCGCGUGACUCGUCAAAGCCGUCGCGGCAGCGGUCCGACGGGCUCGAUCUCUGGGCGGGGAUCACGCGCGCGCCGCUCGGGCUGGAGCCGCCGUGCGCCAGCUGGGAGGAGUACGGCCUCUUCGCGUGCGGCGACUGGGCGGCCAAGGAGGCGAAGGUCGAGGAGGCUGCCCUCUCCGGUUUGGCGGCCGCGCAGGCGUUUCGCGAGAGCAGGUGGUGGGACGCCCCCGGCCGUGAGGCGGCCGCUGAGGAGCGGUGCCUCGUCACCGCCGGCCGCGCGACGCUUUGGCCAGAGGGUGGCGGGCCGCCGGUCGAGAUUGCAAAGGGGGACUGGGUCACCUUCCGCCGCGGCUUCCAAUGCACGUGGGUCGUCAACGAGGACAUCGCCAAGCGAUACGCCUACUUUGACGCCGAGGGCGCGGAGCUCGCGUGCGAGUGA